AUGCUCUCCCUUUCAGUUCAGAAUAUUGCACAGCCUGUGUCUUUACUGCUGACAGAUGACCUGUGUAUAGUAGCAGUGCAAGGAAGGGACAUCCACCGCGGCGGCACAAGAGCUCUGCAUCACCCUGAACACAGCCUCCGGGGGCCAUGGUGGAGAGGAGAGGACCCUACGCAAAACAAGACAAGACCUGUGUUGCUCAAUGUAGGGGUUCUUGGUGACUUCGGUGAUCGCGUUCCCAGUCACGGCAACGAGUGGGGAACCAUGGUGGGUGACUACAGAAACAGCUCGCAUAGUACAAAAGACGACUCAGGGCAGCUCAAGGGGCUCAGAGAAAAAGGGAAUUUAGGAUCGUUCCCAAGUCAUGGUUCUGGUGGUGAAGACAGUGGUGGCCAAAAUCUGCUGAGUAGGAAACGACUCGUGAAUCAGACAGUAAGCACCUUCAGGAAGAAACACCCAAGGUCCAGGACGAGAAGAAACAUUGGCAGUAGUAAUACUGGUAGUAGUGGUAGUGGUAACGAUGGUGGUAUAGGCGCAAAGAGACUCAACCCUUGGAGAGAGAUCAAAAUUUCCCCACAAGUUCAAGGCGCAAGGCCGUCCAAACUCUCCCAACCAAACCAGCGAUUCCAGCUCAGUGUGUGGCGGCUGGAUGGCACAAGGGACAGCACAAUCUACAGUACAAGACUCCGUGACGGCACAAGGGACCGCACGGAUGACGGUACCGAUGACAACACAACUGCUGAAGUAGCAGACGAAGGAGCUGCAGGUGAAGCAGCAGGUGAAUCAACAGACGAGGUGAUAAAUGAAACAGAUGAAACGGCAGGUGAAAUAGUAGGUGAAGCAGCUGAUGGAACAACAGAAACAGCAGAUGAAAUAGGUGAAGCAGUUGGUGAAACAAAAAAAACAGCUGGUGAAAUAGCAGAGGCAGCUGGUGAAACAGCAGAGGCAGUUGGUGAAACAACAGAACUAGCUGGUGAAACAGCAGAAGCAGCUGGUGAAACAAGUGAAGCAUCACAUGAAAUAGCAGAUGCAGCUGGUGAAACAGGUGAAGCGGCAAGUGAAAUAGCAGGAGAAUCAGGUGAAGCAGAAGAGGCAGCUGGUGAAACAGGUGAGACAGCAAGUGAAACAGCAGAGGCAGCUGGUGAAACAGGUGAAGCAGUAAGUGAAACAGCAGAGGCAGCUGGUGAAACAGGUGAAGCAGCUGGUGAAACAGCAGAUGCAGCUGGUGAAACAGGUGAAGCAGCAAGUGAAAUAGCAGGAGAAUCAGGUGAAGCAGAAGAGGCAGCUGGUGAAACAGGUGAGACAGCAAGUGAAACAGCAGAGGCAGCUGGUGAAACAGGUGAAGCAGUAAGUGGAACAGCAGAGGCAGCUGGUGAAACAGGUGAAGCAGCUGGUGAAACAGCAGAGGCAGCUGGUGAAACAGUAGAGGCAGCUGGUGAAACAGGUGAAGCAGCUGGUGAAACAGCAGAGGCAGCUGGUGAAGCAACUGGUGAGGCAGCUGGUGAAACAACAGAGGCAGCUGGUGAAAUAUCAGAAGCAGCUGGUGAAACUGAUGAAGCAGGUGAUGUAGCAGGUGAAGCAGCAGGUGACACAAUGGAUGAAGCAGCAGACGAGGCAGCAGAGGAAACAAGUGAGAUAGCUGAAGACGUAACAAAAGCCACAGGUGACACAGCUGAUCCAGUACUCACAGCAGAGAACACAGCUGGUGACACAGGUGGGAGCACCACAGACACAAGUGACGCCACACAUUGCACCACAACAGGCGACUUCAUAGUGGUCACCAAGUGCACCACGGAUGACGGGACAAGCAAGGGCUCCAUCACCAUCACUAGCAAUACCACUAGUGUCAUCAUAGCUGGUGACAUUAUAGGUGACGAGAUGGAUGGUCCAGCUGGGGAUGAGGGCUUCCCGGGGGUUGUGGCUGUACCUGAGGAUGAUGACCUGGCUGGGGAUGAGGGGCAGGGUGGUGAUGGGUUACAAGAUGGGAUUAGUGCUGCUGUGGAGGCAUUCAUUGACAGUGUGAUGAGUCAAGUUCACAAUGACAGAUUAAUUGGUGGCAGUGGUGGUGGUAGCAAUGAUGAUGGUGGUGUAGGUGUUGAGAGCAUUGAUGAUAGUGGUGCAGGUGAUAUUUCUGCCAUCAUUGACAGCUUCAUGACCAAGCUCAAGAGAAAGAUCAUGUCCUCCAUAAGAAAUGAUCGCCCUACAAUUGGAAGACAACAAGAUGACAUCCGCUCUGACAACACAAGACGCAGGUUCUCUCAGGCUAUUGUAGGGGCUGCUCGGAAGGCAAUCAGAGAGGAAAUGGGAUCCCUUAGGAGAGGAGAGAGACCCGUCACCAGGGAGGAGGAAAGUGAGGAGGAGACUGGUGACAAACAGGAUGAAGAAAAUGUUGCUUCAAGCCACAAUAAGGAUACACGUGAAAAACAGCAUCGUAGUUCUGCUUCCCCAGUGGUCAUAAGGACUGACACAGUACACAUAAUAAAAGGAAAAACUUCAUCACUGCAAAUGACACAGAGAGACAACUAUACCGAGGUGUUCACCAUGGGCCGCAGCUUGCCACAACGGUCAGGUGAGGGAAGCCAAGCUGCUCCCAAUUCAGCACUGGGGGAAGCCAGAGAUUUGCUCAGGUACCACGUUGCACGAGCCAGGCGGUCCUUCGACACUACUGUGGGAAUGCUUGCUGAUAAUGGCAGCCGUGGUAAAAGGAACAGUGAUGGUGGUAUAGCCUCAUCUGGGGAGCGAACCAGGCAGCAGGAAGCCACUGUGGCCAGACUACCACAUGGCAGCAAGCGGUGGCAUAACAGAAACACUGUCGACAUAUUGUCAAUUGGGGAUCGUAUAAGAGAAUUCAUCCAAGGGACUGUUAAGGAAUAUAUUGAUGCAGUGAUUGCCAGUGCACAGAACAGGAUCACUGAGACCAAUAACGACAGAAUCACUGACACCACUACUGACAGCACCACUAAUACCAUCAUCCCAGGAACCAGUGACACCACCACCAAUGAUGGAACCAUUAAUGGCAAUACUGUUGGCAUUAAUGAUGACAUCAGUGAUGGAACCACUGAUGGCAUUACUGAUAACCAAAACACUCAAGAAACCAAUAAUAGCAAUGUUGAAACUGUCAUUAAUGGAAUCAAUGAAAGCAUAACUGAUGGCACCACUGAUGACAUUAUUGAUAACACCACUAAUGGCACCACUAGUGGCACAAUUGAUGGCACCUCUGGUGGUACCACUAGUGGUACAAUUGAUGGCACCACUGGUGGCACCACUAGUAGUACCAUUGAUGACACCACUGGUGGCACCAAUAUUGGCACUAUUGAUGGCACCACUAGUGGUACCAUUGAAGGCAUUACUAAUGGCACCAUUACCACCACUGGUAGCACCAUUGGUGGCACUAAUGAUGGUCCCACUAGUGCCACCACUGAUGAUAUCGCUGGUGGCACCACUAAUGGCACCACUGAUGGCACUAGUGGCACUACUGAUGGCACCAUUGAUGACACCACUGAUGGCACCAAUAUUGGCACUAUUGAUAGCACCACUAGUGGCACCAUUCAUGGCACCAUUAGUGACACCACUGAUGGCACUGCUGGUGGUGUUACUGUUGGCACUACUGAUGGCACCAUUGAUGGCAUAAUUACUGGCACCACUGGUGCCACCACUGAUGACACUACUAAUAAUAACACUGGUGGUACCACUGGUGGUGUUACUGAUGGCACUACUGAUGGCACCAUUGAUGGCAUUAUUGAUGGCAUAAUUACUGGCACCACUGAUGGCACUACUAAUAAUAACACUGGUGGCACCACUGGUGGUGUUACUGAUGGCACUGGUGGCACUACUGAUGGCACCAUUGAUGGCAUAAUUACUGGCUCCUCUGAUAGCACCACUGAUAAUACCACUGAUGGCACUACUAAUAAUAGCACUGGUGGCACCACUGGUGGUGUUACCGAUGGCACUGGUGGCACUACUGUUGGCACCAUUGAUGGCAUAAUUACUGGGACCACUGAUGGCACUACUAAUAAUAACACUGGUGGCACCACUGGUGGUGUUACUGAUAGCAUUGGUGGCACUGCUGAUGGAUCCAUUGAUGGCAUUAUUAAUGGCAUAAUUACUGGCACCACUGAUAAUAACACUGGUGGUGCUACUGAUGCCACUGGUGGCACUACUGAUGGCACCAUUGAUGACACCACUGAUGGCACCUCUCAUGGCUCCACUGAUGGCACUACUCCUGGCUCCACUGAUAGCACCACUGAUAAUACCACUUACGGAAUUUUUGAAAAUAACAUGGUUAGUAACACAGAGGGCAACACUGGUAGCAGUGGCAGCAACAUGGACACCAAUACUAUCAAUGCCUUGGCUCAUGAGAUCAUUGAACGCUUGUCUGGUGCAACUGAUGCUACAGAAAACUCCAUCCAUCAGGCACUCCAGAGUCUUCUUGAGAGCCACCUGGAUUCUGUAUCUGAUGUUUGA